AUGUCAAAAGGAAACUUGUUUAUUGUACUAGAAGGGAUAGAUCACAGUGGGAAGUCAACACUAGCUAAAUUACUAGCAAAUCAACUAGGUUACACGUACAUAUGUUUCCCUAACAGAACAACUAAAAUAGGAGGGAUUUUGAAUGCAUUUUUACAAGAGAAUAAGGAAUACACCGUAGAUGAAUUAGAUGCACUUGAUGAUGAAAUAUGGAGACUGAUUGAUGAGUUGAAUUUGGAUAAAAGUCCAUUUAAAGCAUUUGUGAAUGAAGAAGCAGGAGAAUCAGAAUUCUUCAGAUCACAGAGACUCAACAAAUACAUCAUCAUUCUCUUCUGUUUAAACAGGUACGAGAAGGCAGAGUGGAUCAAAAGAGAGCUCAAGCAAAAUGGUGUAGUUUGUGACAGAUAUUGGAUCAGUGGAGCUGCAGUAGCAUCUUGUAAAGGGUUUGAAUGGGAGUCAGUCAAAAAAUUAGAAAAACAAUUGCCACAAGCUGACCUCACAUUCUUUCUGGAUGUAUCACCGGUGGAAACAGUUAAAAGAGCUGGUUUUGGAGACGAAACGCAUGACAUCGUAGAAUUUCAGCAACACUUUUACGACAAAUACAGGAGUAUUGAUGAAGAAAUGAUCUACAUCAGAAAUGGAUCAAUUCAGGGGCAACUGGACCAGAUGAUCUUUUUCAUAGAAGAAUUCAAAUCCCAAUCCAGGGAAAACAACACCAACAAAUAA